AGAUAACCAACGGAUCGAUUCUUGGGUGACUGACAGACUGUAUGAAUACUUGCCCCACUCAAAGCCGGGGUGUGGCGGAAACUGUGGCGCACCAAGAAUUCUUUUUCUUUUUUCUUUCUUUUUUUCCUUCUGGCCUAUCGCCAUCAACCAGCGGCGAAGCGCAAACAAGGGUCUAGGCGUAUUUCAAGUCAAUCGCAGCCAAAAUUUGGGAUCCAUUUCUCGAGAUCGCAAGUUAGAGUUACGUUUGACACACAAAAAUGGCCAUACAAUUCUGCAAUGACUGCGGCGACACGCUGCCGAUAUCGGGAAAUCCCGAGGUCAAAUGCGACUGCUGUGGAAACAUGAACAAGAACACCCUCAUCAACGUGACGACCGUCUCGUCGAGCCGCGACUUUGACUCGCCGCUCCGUCUCAAGGAGUAUGGCAACAAGGACGCCAUGGCCAGCCGGCCCGAGAUGAACUGGCCCAGCAUCGACGAGAACUGUCGCUUCUGCCCUUCAAAGACGGUCCGGUACACGACGCUCCAGACGCGUGGUGCCGACGAGGGAAGCACGGUGUUUUACUUUUGCGAGGGCUGCAGUCAAAAAUGGAAGGAGAACAACUGAUCGGCUUCUCUGGUGGGUGUGGGGAAUGGGGUUGUAUAUAGCCCGGGAGUGUGCCUUGCGGUUCCGCUGGAUACAGGAUGUAUCGCGGAGGGAAUGGGCGGUGGGUGUUUGGUUGGUCUGUCGGUGUUGGGUGUUGUCGAUAUCCAGGAGCAGGUACACAGAUCAUUACUGCUCUGCAACUUCAAUGGACAAAAAGUGCUUUGUUUCGUACGCAAAAGUCAAACCCGUGUUGCAAACACAAAGCCCGAGGAUGAGUCUGGAGGCCAAUAACAAGGCAUGGAUGGGUUCCGAAUCUUGAGAAGAAUGAAGCAUUGGGUGUUGGCUCGAGUCC